AUGCACACAAAGGAUGUCCCGCACAAAAAUCGUGCCCAACUCCGCCGAGCGGGAUGGGAGUGCCGUCUUACAGGGCACAUUACCGAUUGUGCUCCGAAGCUUUUUACGUGGGAUCGCGAAGCGCAUGGAUCUCACCGAUUUGAUCACGUCUUCACAAAGCUUAGACUUUUCGAAGUCUGUAA